ACUAAGUUUAAAUUAAGAAUUGGGUGAAUUACACGGUGGUAUCCGAUCGUCUUUCUCAGGCCAGCAACCUGCGCUAAUAAUUCAACACGUCCCUGUACAUCCGCCGCGUCAACGAGAGGCGAGAGCUCACCACCAUGGAGUUCUCCCUCCUGUACACAACAUACGUCAUCCUCAUCGUCUCCUCCCUGUACCUCCUCCGCCGCCACUUCGCGGCCGCCGCCUGCCGCAACCUGCCCCCGGGUCCCCGGCCCUGGCCUCUGAUCGGCAACCUCCUCGACCUGGGCGCCCAGCCCCACCGGUCCCUGGCGCGCCUCGCGGGACGCCACGGCCCGCUCAUGACGCUCCGCCUCGGCGCCGUCACCACGGUCGUCGCCUCCUCCGCGGAGGCCGCCCGCGACUUCCUCCAGCGCCACGACGCCGCCUUCUCCGCGCGCUCCGUGCCGGACGCCGCCCGCGCGUGCGCCCACGACAGCUUCUCCAUGGGCUGGCUCCCGCCGAGCAGCCUCCGGUGGCGCGCCCUCCGCAAGGUGUGCUCGGCCGAGCUCUUCUCGCCGGCCCGCCUCGACGGCGCGCACCAGCGCGCGCUCCGCCGCGACAAGGUGCGGCAGCUCGUGUCCCACGUGACGCGGCAGGAGGGCGCGCGCGUCGUCGACGUCGGCCGCGUGGCCUUCACCACCGUGCUGAACCUGCUCUCCUGCGCCGUGUUCUCGGCCGACCUCGCGGACCUCGACGGCAGCGGGUCGUCGGAGCAGUUCAGGGACGUGAUCACGGAGUUCACGAGCGCCGUCGGGGUGCCCAACCUGUCCGACUUCUUCCCUGCCGUCGCGCCGCUCGACCCGCAGCGUCUGAGGAAGCGCCUCGCCAGGGUUUUCCGGAGGCUGCACGCCGUGUUCGACGCGCAGAUCGACCGGCGCGUGCGCGAGCGCGACGCCGGGGAGCCACCCAAGAACGACUUCCUCGACGUGCUCCUCGCCUACCGCAGCCCGGACGACGGACGGGGGUUUGAUCGCCAGACGCUGCGCUCGUUGCUCACGGAUUUGUUCAGCGCCGGGACUGAUACGAGUGCAGGAACCGUGGAAUGGGCAAUGGCCGAGCUGCUAAAAAAUCCAUCAUCCAUGGCGAAAGCUCGCCAAGAACUCUCGCAGGUGAUUGGCUCCAGAUCGGAACUCGAGGAAUCGGACAUCGCCCAGCUCAAGUACCUCCAGGCCAUCGUGAAAGAGGUAUUCCGCCUCCACCCACCUGCUCCAUUCUUGCUGCCACGCCAAGCCGCGGCGACGACGGAGCUCCGAGGCUACACCGUGCCCAAGGGGACGCGUGUCCUGGUGAACGUGUGGGCGAUCGGCCGAGACCGCGAGCUCUGGUCCGAACCGGAGGAGUUCAUGCCGGAGAGGUUCAUGGAGAAAGAGGUGGAUUUCCGGGGCCGGGACUUUGAGCUCCUUCCAUUUGGUUCCGGACGGAGGAUCUGCCCCGGGAUGCCGCUGGCCACGCGCAUGGUGCAUCUCAUGGUUGCGUCGUUGCUGUGGCGGUUCGAGUGGAGGCUUCCAAGAGAGGUAGAGGCAAAUGGGGUGGACAUGGGAGAGAAGUUUGGGAUGAUACUAGGAUUGGCCACGCCGCUCCAGGCCCUGGCUCAACCAAUUUAAAGUCGAUGCCAGUUUGGGAUGGGAAGCUCGAAUAUUGAACACGGCUUCACCGAUCUCUGGGGAUCUGCUGCAAGUUUCUUGUCUUGUACAUGUAUGGUUUUUUUAUUUUUUGGUGAGCAGUCACAUGGUAUUCGUAUCAUAAUACCCUCUAGUUCCACAGGUGUUGCAUAGAGUACUCCGGUACAUGGCACGCCGUGCAAACACGUUCCAACUCCUUCAUACAUGCUGCGAAGUCGAUUAUUGGAGCCA